GUGAGUUAAUAGAAUAUUGAUAAUGAAUUAAUAAUAUUAAUAAACAGCAAUAAUAAAUUAUUAUUUUUAUCUAUUACAUUCUUAUAUUUAGAAUUUGGAUUUGAUAUAUAGAGUAUUCAAUUUUGACAAUUAAUAUAAUUUUUUUUUGUUUAUCAUCUUGAUAACACACAAUCAUAUCUUAUGAUAUGUUAUUCUUAUUGAAGCUAGUUUUUCAUCAAAAAUUAAAAUAUAUAUGAUUAUAUAUGAUAUAUAUAAUUUAUUAUAUAUAAUUUUUAUUAAUUUUGUGACAUUUUUUAAUUUCCUCAGUUACUUCUAAAAGUAUUGAUGUUUCGUAACUUUAUUGUUUAAUCUCAAGUAUAUAUUUUAAUAUUUUUUUAUUUAUUGUAACAAAUAUUUUAUGUUACAGAUUUAAAACUUAUGGCAAUUUAUUCGAUAAUUUUAUUUAAAAAACCAACUUAGAUUGUUUGAAGAUAAAGAAAGAAUAAUCUAAGAAGAUGAUCAAACAAUUUUAAUUCGUGAAUAAACAUGUCAUAUUUUUAUAAGAUACGAGGUGCAUUCCUUGCGGGAGAAUAGCCUGCUUCGCACCACUUGAAGAUUCAUGAAUAAAGGAAAUAGUCUUGAGACAUUUUAAUAUAUGUGCUGAGGACAUGCACUUGUUUGCACGUCGCGAAUGGUUCUGAAUCUGUCUUUCUUGAGAUAUUCCACCAUUGACACGGUUUAUUUAAGACAACUUCUAUUCUUCGUGUGCAGACUAGACUCUGAAGAGAAUUUUAUUUUUCCGUUUUACCUUUUCGGCUCACUGGUAGACAGGUGCGAUUCAGGAAAAGCGCGUUGUGCGCGUGGGAGAAGAGUUGGAAGUUCCACCGGUGGGGCUCCAACGGCGUGGUCUAAUUGGCCAACAUGCGAGGUGUUCGCCUCUAAGUGUCGCGAGUACGUCCGUGUUUGUAACAGUGUCAGAGUGACCGUCGCACUGGUUGUUACACGCGGAACAGGACAGACGCCGAUUUUUCGGACGGAGCUUUCUUCUUUGGAAACCCUUCAGUGCCGGCAGACUUCCUCGCCGAUUGCCUUCGUCAUAAGUGGCAACAUGGUCGAGAAUGCUAUGACUCUGGAUCGAAAAAAAUCGGAGAUCAAGAAACCCGAGGUCUUCGAUGUGGAAAUUCCAGCUUCUACAGUUCGAUUUGGGAAACGUCACAUGGUGACUUUUAUGAUAUUCCUUGGUAUGGCAAACGCCUACAUAAUGAGAACCAAUAUGUCUGUGGCUAUCGUUGCAAUGGUUAAUCAUACAGCUAUCAAGAGCAAUGAUGGAGAGAUACAAGUCGAGAAUGAAUGCGGAGAAUAUGUCUCCAAUGAAACUGAAGCUGCUAAGCGCAGCGCUGAUGGACCAUUUGUGUGGGACAACAAAGAACAAGGCUAUCUCUUAAGUUCAUUCUUCUGGGGUUAUGUUAUAACACAGAUACCAUUCGGUAUACUUGCCAAACGUUACGGUGCCAAAUACUUCCUUGGGAUCGGCAUGCUGAUAAAUUCAGUUUUUGGAUUGCUUGUUCCAAUAUCUGCAUACUGGGGAUAUUGGCCGCUGGUAGUUGUUCGUUUCAUUCAGGGUUUAGGAGAGGGUCCUAUUGUGCCUUGCACGCACGCAUUGCUGGCGAAGUGGAUACCACCUAACGAACGGAGCAGGAUGGGUGCCUUUGUCUAUGCCGGUGCACAAUUCGGCACAGUAAUAUCUAUGCCGUUAAGCGGUUUAUUGGCCGAUUGGGAAUUAGUAGGUGGCUGGCCAUCUAUUUUCUACGUGUUUGGUAUUAUCGGUACCAUCUGGUGCAUAGCGUUUCUCAUAUGGGUCUAUGAGGAUCCGGAGCAACAUCCAAGCAUCACAGAAGACGAGAAGAAACUCAUACUCAGUUCUCUUUGGGGUAGUACCGGCAUAUCUUCAUCACCUCCUGUACCAUGGAAAGCGAUUGCAACUUCGCUAUCAUUUUGGGCUAUCUUGAUGGCACAUAUGGGUCAGAAUUAUGGAUAUGAAACAUUGAUGACUCAGCUUCCAACAUUUAUGAAACAGAUUCUCCACUUUAGUAUCCAAGCAAAUGGCCUCUAUUCGGCACUUCCAUAUUUAGCCAUGUGGAUUUUUUCCAUGCUUAUCUCUCACAUCGCCGAUUGGAUGAUCUCUUCAGAAAGAUUUACCCACACUACGACUCGUAAAAUUGUUAACAGCAUUGGCCAGUUUGGACCAGCCUUGGCAUUGAUUGGUGCCUCGUAUACCGGUUGCAAUGCUUUAGUAACAGUAAUCGUCAUUACAAUAGGAGUGGGUCUAAAUGGUGCUAUUUAUUCCGGUUUUAAAGUAAAUCAUCUCGACAUCUCUCCAAGGUUUGCUGGGAUUUUAAUGUCCUUUACAAAUUGUAUCGCCAAUCUCGCUGGACUUCUCGCACCAAUUACCGUUGGAGAAGUUAUUGCUACAUCGCCAUCGCAAGCAAAAUGGAGAAUUGUGUUUAUGAUCUGCGCUGGUAUUUAUAUCUUUUGUGCAACAUUUUAUAUAAUUUUUGGUUCUGGUCAAAGACAAAAAUGGGACAAUCCAGAUAAGGAUGACGAUAAGAACGAGAAAAAUCAACUGGACAGUGUAAGAAUCGUGAACGAGACUCAACAUUGACAAUUGAAUAUUUUUAUCGAUAAGAUCAGUGAUGCGAAGAAAUCGACACUGACGACGUGACGAUUGUAUUGGUCAUUUCAUUUAUGCACAUUCAUUCCCUCCCUAUAUUAUUUAGUCAUUUGAAACAAGCAAGUACAUUAAGACAUUUAAAUUAAUCUUACAAUUAUAUUUGUAUUUUUUUUUUUUAGGUGAAGAUGUAAAAUUUUUCAUGAUAAUUGUCACGAUUCGCAUUGUAGCUCUUCAUAUUUUUGUACUGAAUUGCAAAAGUUGUAAAUUAAUUAAUCAAAACAAUUGUAAAUUAAUUGCUUUAAUAUUAAAUCGUGUGUUUUGUGUGAAAGACAAUUUGUAAGCGUGUAAGAGAAUGAAAGAGAGGGAGGGAGAGAAAAAUAUAUGUAGAAUAUACUCAUAUCCAAGCUAUUGUUAUAAGCUUCGGUCGCGUCACACACACAUUUAUUGUAUUUUAUAAUUUACCAAUUUUUACAUAAUAAUUUCGCGUAUUAUGUAAAAUUAGAAAGUCGCACUUUAAAAACUAGCAUGUUGGAGAAACGAUGGAAAAGUUGAUUCUCAAAAGGAAUUUAAAAAAAUGAAAACUAUUACUUGCAGAUAAAAAUUUUCAUAAACUUGCCGAAAAUGUCAUGACAACAAUUAAAGUAGAUAUGAUUUUAACAUAUAAAAACCGUUUACAAAAUUGUUUUUUAAUUGCAUAUCAAAAUUAUCUAUAUGAUUAAGUUACUAAAUUACAUAUUGCUAUUUCUCAAAUAUGUGGAUUGUUUGAUAAAUUUAAUAAAUUUUUUGUGAAAUAAUACCAUCAUUUAUUUGUUGAUGUGACAUAGAAAGUUCUAUUCUUCAAACUCCCUAGAUCAAAUUUCAACCAAAAGUAGUAAUGCGUGGUUUACGUUCGGUAAUUUUUUGAAGCAAAUGGUUGCCACAAAAAUGGAAUUUCUUUCCAUUCGAACCAAGUCCGAUUUUCAAAUUUGGGAACAAGAAGAAAUCGCACGAGAUUAAAUCUAGGGAAUAGUAGAUAAGAAAUUAAUCAGAAAUCCAAUUCAUAUAAUUAUUAACCAUUGUGAGGGUUAGAAUUCGUUUUUUCUAUUUUCGUGGCAACUAUUAAACUGCUCGCUUCAAAUGGUUACCGAAACAAUGCGUCAUGUUUUACUGAAAUUUGGUCUGGGGAGUCUGAAGAGUGAAACUUUCCAGACAUUAUAUCAACAAAUAUAUGCUCGCGCCAUUGUGUAUAAAUUUACCGAUCUAUCAAACGACCUUCGUAUACAAUUGAGAGAGAAACAGAUUAAAAUUCUUAGACGCGAUGUCAAAUUGAUUUGUAAUAUGCAAUAUUGCUAUUCGCGUAAUUCUAAUUUUAAUAGUAUACUAUUGAACUUUCUAUUAAUUCAAACAUCUUUGCAGUUGUUUCACAUUCGAAUAAAAUUUAUUAAGUCGGUUUUCCACUUUAUUUUUAAUUACACUUUUUGCUAUUUUUGUAAAAUAGGAUAUGAAUGUAAAAUUUGUACAAUUUUACAUUUUAAUUUAAUUAGAUUUAUUAUGAUCAUGCUAGAAAAGGAUAUGUUGUAGUUUCCUAAUGCUUAUUUUCAAGACAGAUUUCAUAUUUGUCACUUGAUAAACUUGUGGCAGCAGUAUUAGAGCAAAGAUCCUCAUUCAUUUUUCUUUAAUACAUCACUUUUUAUUACAACUACUGCCAUUUUGUAUUGUGUGUGUGUGUGUGUGUGUGGUCUGGGCAAAAUAGGUGAUCGUAACGACAAAUCCAAGUCGUGACUAAGAUUAAAUCAAAGAUCUUCACCUAUAAUCCAGGCGUUGUAAACAGCGAUAUAUACAAUACAACAAUGGUGUUUAUAUAUAUUGUAGAUAUUCGCAUGUAAGAACCCUAUUAAGUUAUAGAUAUUAGAUGAGUUAUUGCUCGUAGUUAUUUAUAUAGCGUUCAUGAAGAACAGAUCAUUACCUCCAUCCUACUAAAAUAGAAAUUGUCAAACUGAAUGGUUUCGUUCUUGUGUAGUAGAAUGCAUUUUUUUCAUAAUUUAUAAGUCUCUCUUUUUUUUAAGCUGCACAAACUAAAUAAUAAUUCUAACGACAAUUGUAGCUUCUUUCUCUGCACAGUCUCAAGUAUCGAGGCCAUUUAUUUUGUAAUCUACAUUAUUGUUGAUUACUAUCUGAUGAAAUACGCACAAGACACUUGUGAGCAUAAGUCUGAAACAAUUGUCUGAAUUAAAUUAGAGGAAUUAUUAUAAUAAAUAACAGUGUAGUGAAAACAUUUGUUAGAUCAUUCAUCUUGCGAUUUUAUACAAAAACUUUAGAAGUAAGUUUAGAUAACAGCGUACAUUAGUAGAAGAGAUGAAAAUCUAUGCAGGCGUUCUGUAAUCGUGUAUCUAAAUGUGCCUUUGAUAAGUAGCGCGUUUGUUUUCCUUUUUAUAAACAAUAUCCUAAAAUAAAUCCUCACAUUACUCUAACAAGAAAAAUACUAAAAUUUGCGAACAUUAUUUGUAACUCUUACAAGUAUGCAAAUAAAUUGCACAAAUAUAAACUUGAAAAAUGUCAAUCAAAAAUAUCAAUUGCAAAUUACUUUGUAACGCGAUUAAUACAAUUAUGAAUGUAAACCGUUUAGAAAAUAAAUUUGACAGAAAAUAUAACGAGGAAGUUAACCAGGAUAAAAACGCUAGAUGAUAAACUAAUUUAACACAAAAUUUCACAAACCUAUAUUUUUAUACAAAUAUUUAUACAUAAUGUAUAUAAGACGAUACACGAUGUUACAACAUUAAACAUAUUUUUAUUGUUGGGAUUGUAAAACAUGUGAUAAUAGAACUGCAAGUAAAUAAAAAAUAAGAUAAAGGCGUUA